AUAUUCUUAACUCAAUAUUUAAUUUACACGAUGCAUCGCUAGGCGCUAGCUAUUUACUAUUUUUGUGUUUAAUAAUGAGUGCAGAUCUGCAAUUAUCGAAAUAAAUAUUCAUUACUAGAAUUAUAAAUAGUUUAGGAAGUUUUUAAAAGUUCUAAUAAAAGGGUGUUAAAAGUUAAAAGUGACAAUUAUUAUAUCAUAGAUUGGAGUAUUAGGUACUUCUGUAACAAUAAGAUCCUCAAUGCUAUAGAUUUGAAUUCAAAAAAUGUUAACCUUGAAUUCUAAGUCUCCAACUGUUGAAAAAAAGUUAUCUCCUGUUAUUGAAAAAAAUGAAAUUAAUACAGUGUCUACUUCUGACAAAAAAAAAGUUACUCCAUCAAAAACAAUUAAGACGAACGUUGCUGGCAAAAGACCGGGCCCAAAGUCUAAAACAUGUGUGCCACAGUUAAAAAUUGAAAAAAUGACUUCAAAUCCACCAAACAAAAAUGAUCUAAAUUCAAAACAAGCAGAUAGUAAUGAUGUUGUUGCUAAUUCCAAGGAUUCAAAAAUAUUGUUAUUAGAUGCAAGUAAUGCUGAUAUAACUGAUAUUGUUGAAGCAGAAUCCAAGAAAAUUGAUACUAAUACAGCUCAACAAAGUGAGGCUGGAAUUGUAGAUUUAAUUCCAACUCAUAAAAAUAAAACUAUUAUUAAAACAGAUUCUAGUACUAGUACAAAAGAAAAUAACAAAGACAGUAUAACUUCCAUACAAACUGAUAAUGUUAUAGUAAAAACAGAAUGUAAUGAUAUAAAACAAACUACAUACUUAGAUAGUUUUGAUACUGGUGUUAAAUGUAAAGUCUUAGAAGAAGAAUGUACUAUAAAUCCCAAUCGUUUAGAUGAAGAAAAAAAUAAGAAUAUUAUUAGUAGAGUAAAAGAAGUUACACCAGAUCCUAAAGAAGAGGAAGAUAAUAUACAAGAUGAAGAAUUAGAUCAUGAAAUAUAUGAAGAAUUGGAUCCUGAAGUUGAUGGAGACAAAAUAAAUGAGAGUAGUGAUAGUUUUAAUCAAACGCAUAAUACAGUAAAAUCUGUUCAAGAAUAUAACAAGGAUGAUAAUAAUGAAGAUUCUAUCAACUUGACGAUUGGAGAAGAUGAUAUUAAAUUAUUUGCUGACGAGGAAGAUACAAACAUUGAAAAAGAGGACGAAGUGAUCGAGAACCAUACCAAAGAAGUAACUUCAACAAUCAAACAGCGUGAAUCUUGCCAUCUAGUUACUGCUAGUAGCAGAUCAACAACUGGAUUGGUAAAAAGCCGCCGCAGUGCAACUGAGAAGCGUUUAUCUGUUGGGGAUAAACCACGGAGCACCCGCAAAGAGGACAAGGACACCAGCAAUGCAAAACCCAUCAUCAAUGUCAGUGUGCCCAAAGAUGAGAAGAAAGAAGUGGAGAAACAAGUUAAAGAUAAAGUGGAAGCAGGCAAUAAGCAGAGUAAUAGUUCAAUGGCUCAACAAAUAUCAAAUGACACAUCAAAGAAAAACAAUUCGUCCUUUGUACGCAAUAUUUGGGUUAGUGGCUUGUCAUCAAUUACUAAGGCUACUGAUUUAAAACAACUUUUUUCAAAAUAUGGAAAGGUUGUCGGCGCAAAAGUUGUGACAAAUGCCAAAACUCCAGGAGCUCGUUGUUAUGGUUUUGUUACACUAUCCUCAGCAGAAGAUGCUAAUCGUAGUAUUGAAAAUUUACACAAGACUGAACUUCAUGGACGUGUUAUUAGUGUUGAACGAGCUAAACGUGACAAUGGUUAUCAAGUGACUGCAAAAAGUUCUGAUUCAUUUAAAGUAAAUGAAAAUUCUGAAAAUGAUCAAAAAACUAAAAACAAUGAGGAAAAGAAAGAUAAGCGGGAAGAAAAAAGAUAAAAGAGACCUGAAAUUACAAUUAAUGAUGUUAAAGAACCAGACUUGACAACUAUUAAGCGUGCAUCAAAAGAUCAAAAUCAAGAUUUAAAACGUUCUAAAAUUGUGAUUGAAAGUGAUGAACAUAGAAAAGACAGGAGCGUAAAAAGUAAAAGCAAUGAACGUGAUAAAGAAAGAAUCAGAGAAUUAGAACGAGAAAGAGAACAUUUAGAAAGAGAAAAAA